AUGCCUUCCAUGUUUAAGAAAAUGUCCACCUCCCUUGUCAAAGAGGUGGGCAAGAAGAAUCUGAAACCUGUCAGCAACCUGAGCUGUUCCCAACGAUUCCGGCCUUUCUGUCUAUUGAGGAAGACGUCUAAAAAGCACAAGUUUUGGAGCACAAAAUUCACUUGCACUGAAUUCUCCCUUAUGGACAUUCUGGAGCCACACUUCCCAGUCCCAGAAGUGACAUCAAGCAAACCCUUCCAUUUCUAUGAAACCGAGCAUGGGGAGUUAAAGGGAGAGAUGGAUCUGGACGUGGCCAGUGAGAUGCAGGGGAAGGUGACAGGGGCUACCACAUCAUGCAAUAACUUGGCUCUGAAGCUGCAAAUCCUCACUGUUGUCCCCCAAAUCUGGGAGGCCUUGAUGGAGAGAAAAGUGAAGUCAAAGCAUUCCUUCCUUCAAGAGGUGCAAAAUCGUGGGGAAAAACUUUAUGUAGUGACCGAGGCCAUAGAGAACAUGGAAGACACAAUUCUGAUGCACUCCAACAAAAAAGAAGGCUCAAUAGAGACAUCCUUGGGACAACUAUCCUCCCUCCCAGUCAUUACCUUCAAGAACCAAGCCCAAGGUCAAACAGACAGAAAAAAGGCGGUGACUAUUAACCAGGGCUGCAUCUUGGCUUAUCGGGCUCUGGAGCUGUUCAUUGAGAAUGAUGGAUGGAAAGUUAGUUAUAUUCCUGAGAUAAAACCAAGGUGUGAUGUGGAAGAAUUCUGGAUGGAUGAAUUGACUGGGAAAUUUAUCAGUGCUCCAAGAAAUUUUGAGGAAUUUCAGGAAAUGAUGAUAAGGGAGCAAGAAGCUCUUUCCAAAGCAUCCAGAGAGCUCCAUGUCACACUGCUUCAUGAAGUCCAGGAUAUACUAGGAAACAGGAAGGCACUACAAGACCUGGAUGACAUGCUGGAUCAGGUGCCAGACAUGAGAGAGAAGGGGCAAUUGGAAGGCCCUGGGGUCUGCAUCCUAAAACAUCUACAAGACCACUCAGGAGAUGCAUCCAACCAACAGGCAGAAAGCAUCCUCUACUUCCUUGGAGCACUAAUGAUCCUGACUGAUACUCAGCAACAGCUCCUGGCCCAAUCCUUGGAGAAGAGGAUCCUGCCUCAGCAGCUGGAACUGGUUAAGAGUAUCUUGAAAACAAACUUCAUGAAAUAUGGAGAAAGUUCAUUCUCUGUCCAUCCAGAGCUUCUGUCUGAACUCAAAGAUGAAGAUCAAGCUAUCACAAUGAAUCUGAUGAAGGAGUGUGGCUUAAAUCUUCAAUGUGCUGGAUCUCAGACAAAAUGGAAUUCAGAGGCAAAAGAUUCUCUCUCUGCUUUGUAUGUGGUCAUCUCAUUCCUGCAGCUGCUGACUCAAACUUAA